AUGGAUAAUGUUUCUAAUAUAAGAAGUUUCAUUCUGUCAGGAUUUAAUGAGACAGUUAAUUUCAGAGUGCCCCUCUUCUCACUCACUUUACUGUAUUAUUGUGUGAUUUUGUUUUUCAAUAUCUCUCUUAUACUGCUCAUUGUCCUUGAUGCAAACCUGCAUGAACCUAUGUACAUUUUACUCUGUAUAUUUUGCAUUAAUGCAAUUUAUGGGUCCACAGGUUUCUACCCCAAAUUCCUUUCAGAUUUACUGUCGUCUUCUCACAGAAUCUCAUAUGAAGGGUGUCUUUUACAAGCUUUUAUCAUGUACUCAUUUGCCUGUAGUGAUUUGUCCAUUUUAGCCGUCAUGGCCUUUGACAGGUAUCUGGCUAUAUGUCGACCUCUGCACUACCACUCUUUCAUGACUAAGAGGAGGCUCUCUCAGCUGGUGUGUUUCUCUUGGCUAACACCUUUCUGUAUUUUCUCCAUUAAUAUCCUGAUAACAACAAGACUAAAGUUAUGUGGUUUAAACAUUCAGAGAGUCUUAUGUCUAAAUUGGUUAAUUGUUAAACUUGCUUGUCCUGCAGACAAAACCUUUCCAAACAAUAUCAGUUCAUAUGUAAUACUUGUCGUUUAUCUGUCUCAUUGGCUUUUUAUAAUUUGGACUUACAUGCAUCUUAUUAAAACAUGUGUGAGGUCCAGAGAUGACAGGUUAAAGUUUAUGCAGACCUGUGUGCCCCACCUGACCUCUCUGAUCAUAUUUCUCAUUGUAAUGGCUUUUGAUCCUGCGUACGUGGAAUUUGGCUCCAGAGAUUUGUCUCAAACCCUCCAAAAUCUUUUUUCCAUUGAAUUUCUUAUCAUCCCUCCAGUUAUGAACCCUCUCAUUUAUGGAUUCAAAAUCACCAAAAUACGAAACAGGAUUUUGGGUUUAGGGAAAAUGUGA